UAUUCAACAAUUUUUUCUAAUAAUUAUAUGUUUUUAAUAAACUUUAAUUAAAACAUAUGUUAAAAAAUGAAUUGUUGGCGUUAAUCUAUAGAGUAAUUAUUAUAACGAUGUAACAAAUCUUAUACCCCAUCUUGACACCUACCCAAUACCACUCUUUUCUUGUGCUUAGAGCGAAAGCAAUUUGAGCACAUUGAAUGGCGGUUCAGGAUGAGCAUGACCCUAUGCUCAUGGUGCUUCCUUCUCUCUCUCCACCCAACACCUACCAAGCCGUCGUUAUCGGUGGCACCUUUGACCGAUUGCAUGACGGCCACCGUCUCUUCCUCACUGCCGCGGCCGAGGUGGCAAAGGGUCGGAUUGUAAUUGGAGUUUGCGACGGUCCUAUGCUGGCAAAGAAACAGUUUGCUGAACUGAUACAGCCAGUUGAAGAAAGGAUAAAUAAUGUCAAAAAUUUCAUUAAGUCUAUCAAGCCAGAUUUAGAAGUGCAAGCUGUACCAAUCACAGAUCCCUUCGGCCCUUCCAUUGUAGAUGAAAAUUUAGAGGUUGUGAUUGUGAGCAAAGAAACAUUACCGGGAGGAUUGGCAAUAAACAGAAAAAGAGCUGAAAGAGGCCUUUCACUGUUGAAGAUUGAAGUUGUGGAUUUGCUUUCUGGAGAAUCAGGUGAAAUUAAGCUGAGUUCGACGAUGCUACGGAAGAUUGAGGCUGAAAAGGCGAAACAACAAAACACGAUAUCGCAGACGAUUAAUGCAGUGUUUGUUUCACUUUGGUGUGGGAUUUUGCAAAACUUUGCAAAGAUGAAUGAUUUGAUGACAAAAUCGUUCCUAAGUUAUGUGGAACUUAAGAAACAGGCACAGAAGGACCGUGAAGGCGAUCUUGACAUUGAGGCAGGGAAACUCUACCCCACGGAAGACCGCAACCUCUCUCAGUUCUUUCAAGAAGUUGAAGCAAUCAAGGUUGAAAUGGAAGAGAUCACCAAUCUCUUAUUUGAUCUUCAGCAACUCAAUGAAGAGGCAAAGUGCACCCACAGUGCCAAAGUGCUUCGAGGCCUAAGGGACCGGAUGGAGUCUGACAUGGUUGCCGUGCUUCGCAAGGCACGGAUUAUCAAGGAAAAGCUUGAGGUUCUUGACAAAUCCAACAUGGUCAACCAUAGUUUGUCAGAUUCCUACAAAGAGGGGAGCUCAAUUUACAGGACCAGAAUGUCUGUCACAAAUGGUUUGAGGGUCAAGCUUAGGGCCAUGAUGAAUGAUUUUCAGUCAUUGAGAGACCAAAUUUUAUCUGAUCACAAGGAAGAUUUGAAGAGAAGGUACUAUACAGCAACGGGUGAGGUUCCCACUGAAGAGGUCAUGGAGAAGAUGGUUUCUGGGAGUCUCAAAGUGGAGUUUUUGGCUGGGAAAACGGAUGCAGAAUUGGACACUCAGGUUAGGCAUGAGGCUGUAAUGGAUAUCCAGAGGAGUUUGAAUAAGCUUCACCAGGUUUUUCUUGAUAUGGCUGUUCUGGUUGAGACACAGGGAGAAAGCGUGGAUAACAUUGAGGAUAAUGUGGCCAAUGCGGGUAACUUCAUCCAUGGUGGAACCAAUAGUCUCUACUAUGCCAACCAAAUGAAGAAGAAGAACAGAAAGUGGGUCUGUUGGGUUUUCGCUGUGGGGCUGAUUAUACUACUCGUAUGCAUCGUUGCAAUGUUGUCUUCUUGACUAGUGCAAUUGACA